CAUGGCGACGACACUGGCGUUGAGAAGGUUGGUUUCGUGCGCAGGACAAUUCCAACGACGUAUUUACAGCCCAGCACAUACUGCUCAAACCAUACGCAAAAUCAGCGUGUCACAGAGAUUGUAUAAUGGUCGUAGGUAUACAGACAAACACGAAUGGGUGCAGAUGUCAGGUAACAUUGGGACAGUCGGAAUUACAGACUACGCACAGGAUAAACUGGGAGAGAUUGUGUACGUGGCUUUACCUGAAGUUGGAAGCUCACUCAGGAAAGAUGAGGUUGCUGCCGAGUUGGAGAGUGUAAAGGCAGCAGCAGAGGUUUAUGCCCAGUCUGGCACCAUAACGGAGAUUAACAGCACAUUAUCAGAUGUGCCCAAUAAAAUAAACUCCUCACCGCUUGAAGAAGGUUGGUUAUUCAAACUGGAGUUGUCUUCUCCUGAAGGAAUUAAGGAUCUGAUGGACGAGGAAUCUUAUAAAGAGUUCACAGAGCAAUAAUCUGGUGGAACAGAGAGGAGCCCUUGUAUGCACUACAAGAAUAUGGCUUGACUUGAAUGCGCACAUUUCAAGAUACGACAUUACGACAACUGAGUGACAUCCCUUUGUGACAUUACGUCCCUGUAUAGCAUUGUAGGAUCGGGUGGCAAAUUUUUACACAGGUUAUUUUGUGUAUAGAGUAAAGAAAACUAAUUGAACAGGAUUAGAUUAAUCUUAUAAACUAGGGUGGGUUUUGGUUGUCAAAUAAAUAUAACACUGGCUUCCUCUCUGGACGUAGGUGGGAAGGUCUGUCGGCAACCUGCGGAUGGUCGUGGGUUUCCACGGUUUCCUCCCACCAUAAUGCUGGCCGCCGUCGUAUAAGUGAAAUAUUCUUAAGUAUGGCAUGAAACACCAAUCAAAUAAAUAAAUAAACAAAUAUUGCAACAAUAAUGAUGUUCUAUCUGUAGUUUUAUCAAAACACUAAUACUGCCAUUUUUAAGGGGACACAAAGACAAGAAUCACAAGAUUUGAGACAGUGUUGUUAAGUGCCAGUAUCAUUUUGCACUGGGAUGUCAGUCUGUGGUCUUAAUGAUGUACUGUAAUGUACUAGAUAUUAGCUCUUAAUGAAAAGUGUUAAGAAGGGCAUUGGAAGUCUGACG